GUAGCGGUGGAAAAUGCCAAUAUUUUGGUGUUACCAUAGAAUCCUAUCAGUUCAUUCCUGUGUGUGCACACAGGUUUUGUAUUUUUUGCACACACACAUGCAGAGAGAGAGGUGGAGAGAGAGGGAGGAAGGGAAAUACAGGAUAUGUGUCUCCAAGACGGCUGUCAUUGUCAGACACACUCUCAUAUCCUCUGUUUUACUGCUGGCCCGAUGCUCAACAAGUCACCCACAGCCCAUUUGUAUUGGAAAUAACUGCUUAGUUGUCAGACUUAUUUGUUUAGCGGGAGUUGGACUGCUCACUGGUUUGCAUGGCACCAAGUGAGCAUUUGAAGAUGAUGCGAUUGCUGUUCCUGUGUCUGCUGCUGCUGCUGCCAGCUGCUACUGCUGUUUCAGAAGAGAUUGAAGGCUCAGCUGAUGACGGUCUGGAUGAUGAUGAUGAUGAAGAUUUAUAUAGACAAAGAACAAAUACAGAUCUUGGCUCCACAGCUGCAGAUAAAACUACAGGCAUAGAAAACGCGGCAGAUAACUUCACCGUGAUCGUCAUCGUCGUAGCUGUGGCUGUGUUGGUUCUUUCAGUCGCUGUGAUAGUCACCAUAAUGUUAGUAAGACGCCACGCGCACAAUCGGCAGCAAGGGGUCUACUCCGUGCCUACAGAGCAGGACCAGAAAGGGGCAGUCUAGUUCCUGGUGGAGUAGCAGUCUUACAAUGACAGACAAGAGAGGAGCAAUGCACCGGGCUAUGUCAUCUCCUACUCUUCGACUCAGGACAGAUAGACUUCUUUGCACAACAGCCUGCUUCUCACCAUCCAGUAAACUGCUUGCUCCUACAUAAACUCCUAUGAAUACAUAUGCAAUAUGUAUAUUUUUUUUAUGUUACACACUUUUGUCUUUGUCCCAGCCGUUUAUACUCCACAUAACAUGCAAUUUAGCCAGGGACAUUUGGAACACAUUCAAACCUUCUAAUUGGAUUCUAUUUGAGGAAUCCAAAUCAAAGCCAGUGAAUGUGGCUUAAAGCUUCUUUUGUUAAAAGGGAUGAUUUAGCACAGCCAGAGCUCCCCCCUUUUUUUUACUACCCGAAACAAGAAAUUAUUCCCACCAGCUAUGCAGUGAAACUGCAUUUGCGUUUGAUUUGGUGCAUGUGGAACAGACCUGUCUCUGUGAAAUGGUCGAUGAGUGAGACAAGCCAUGCUAAUCCACACUAAGCCAGCCCAGUGCUCACUUCAUUCUCCUAUUCACUUGUCUGACACCUUCUGUUCCUGGCCCAUUAGGAAUGACAGGAGGCAGCACAAUAGGGAGGUAAAAACCUGUUCCCCCCUCUUGUCAACCUCAGUAAAAAAGAAGUGAAAAUAGCCAGUGUGAACAUCUCCUUGCAAGGCAGCAAAUUAAUCGACCGCCAUGAAUGAUGAUGUUUUCUUUUCCCCCCUCUCUGUUUCGUUUUGAAAGGCUUUCACUUUAGUCCCACAGAUUGUAAAUACAGUGGCUCUCUGAAUGCUGCAGAGAGUUAGAUUAAUGCCUCACACUGGUAGAAAGAAGCUGGGUGUGAGGGAGGGAUACAAUCUCACGAAUCAAAUAAAGUGUUGGGGAUGAUUGGGGAAAAUACCAACAAUGCUUUUGUUUCAUUCAUACAGAGCAUGAUGGCUUCUCUGUUUUCAUUUAAAUGGAAAUCAAUCAUGCCCUGUGAAAGAAAGCUUUCUAUCCAAGAACCAGAGGCACUGGUUGCCUUAUUUGUUACAAUACAGAAAAGGGAAAUUUCUGUGGCGAAGGUUAAUGGGGAAUGAGACAUGCUCCUGUUGGACAUGACAGUAUUUCAGUUGUGGCUUUGAGUAAGCAGCACUGGGAAUGGCUACACGGGGUUAAACGCUGGAUUUGUCAAAGCAGGAUCUCACUUUGCUCUACCACUAAAUCUCGCAGCUAAUCUUGCCACUGGGGACAGGGCUCGGCUCCAGACCAGCCAGACUUGAGAGCAAAAACAAUUGUGGAGUCACGUCCACUUCAGGGCGAACAGUGGCCAUAGGUCUGAAGCGUCGUAUUAAACAUGACGCAUCCCAGUUUAUUUAACACAAACCAAUUGGCAGAUGAUUAUUGUUUGUGCAUUUGUUUUACCGUUCAUAUUUGAGCACUGUGUGUACAGUGUGUGUUAUUUCUCAAAGCAUAGCAUUGCCCAGUAAGCCUUCAAUAUCUGUCAGCAUUUCAAAGGGAGGACAAUUGGACAAAAAUUGCAGUACAAAACAUUUCAGUUUUUUUUCUAUGUCUUUGUAGUCAUAUUUACUCACAUUCACUUUUUCUGUCGGACAAACAAACCACAAUGACAACAUUUGAGCAGAGGAUUCUCUUUGUUUGAAUGUAUAAAGUAAACAGACUUGUACAAAAACCCAAAGAGAAAUGCAGUGUUUGGUUCAGACUGCUCCGCACAUGAUGUGACCAAACGCUGCACAGUUAUUCCCUCCUAUGCAGCCUCUCUGCUGUGACACUACUGAUGCAGAUGUAACGAAUGUAGAUGCUGAGCUUUUCUAUCUCUCUCAGCGGCAUGUAUGUGGAAAAAGUUAUACUUUUUUACCCCCUUUUUUAAACUGGCUGAUUGUCUUUCUAUGCAGACUGAAGUACGGUGUCUCUGAGAGCUCAAUGCACUGCAACUUAAAGGGACAGUUCACCCCAAAAUCAAAAAUACAUAUAUUUCCUCUUACCUAUAGUGCUAUUUAUCAGUCUAGAUUGGUUUUGCAUGAGUUGCUGAGCUUGUGGUGUUCAAAGCACCAAAAAAUGCAUUUGAAAUUAUGAUCUGAUUACUCAAGAUAUCCACAGACCUUGUUGUGAGCAGAGGAGAACUAUUUUCAUUCUACCGAACUACACCCGCCAACCACAUCAGCGUGCAGAAGGAAGUGUGCAUCUACUGCUAGCCCACCUAGCACCAAGUAUGAUGCCAUUCAUGUUUACAUCUUGGUCUGUCAAAAGCACAAGCCUCUAGUCCAUGAGUAGAGGCACGCUUCCUUCUGCACAGUGGUGCGGUUGGCGACUGCAGUUCAGUACAAAGAAAAUAGUUCCUACAUGAAACUGCUCACAACAAGGUCUGUGGAUUAUCUUGAGUAACCAGGUCAUGAUUUCUGGAAAGAGACAUUGCUGUUGAGUUUUUCAAAUGUAUUUUUGGUGCGUUGAGCAGCACAAGCGGAGUGCCAUCUUGUUCCAUUAGAUUGGAGAGAAGACACACAUCUCUAUAACUGAUGCCUCUAACACCAAAACAAUCUAGAUUGAUAAAUAGCACUACAGGUAAUAGGGGAGAAAAUUGAGUUUUGAUUUUGGGGUGAACUGUCCCUUUAAGAAAACACAUGCAAAUAGACAAAACAAGCAAAUGAAGAUGUUUCAUCUAAUUGCAUGCAUUUUCCAAAGCUCCACUGUGUAGAGCCUCCAGAGCCACCGUACUAAAGGCAUGGUCUGACCUUAUGCAAUUCUUCUAGCUUUUAAUAUAUAAUAUAUUGUAAGUAUUUACAGAGUUACUGACCUAUAUAUUUGUAUUGUUUCUCUUGAUGAAAAAUGUAUUGUAUUUGGCUAAAUGGUCUUUUAUAUACUUGUUUUUAAAGGGUGGUUCUUAUCUCCAUUGUUCAUUUAUAAAUUUUAUUUGUGUAAAAAAAACGUUGGGGCAAGUGGGAGUCUGUUUUUUUGCCAAAAACCCUUAUGUAAAAUAUUUGUAUUUUAGUCAUAUUGUAGCAAAAAAAGUUUAAAUUUGGACUUCAUGUUAAAUGCACAUGUCCAUAUGUACCUGUGUAUCCAGAUUAAUCCUACUGUAUGUGUAAUUUAUGCAAAGGGCACUUACAUUGUUUUCUCAUUGUAUAAUUAUUUGCUAAGUAUAUAGUACAUAACCUUAUAUCUCCCAAGAAAACAGUUGCAGUCAGUGAUUGUACACCAUGAAUCAAUUCUGUUUGCACAUCUGCUCUCUCCCUGAUUUUGUUCUGAUAGUAAUUAGAACAGUGAAUACUACUGUAGAUUAUGUAGAACUCUGUGUUGAUUUUGACAUUAAAUCUGUUACAAAAA